GUUCCGAGUGUAAUGACGAAUAUUGUCGAACUGUUUUGGAAUGGUUAAAAAGGUAAACGUGUAACUUUUUAUUUCACAUGCUGAAACUAUGACAUUGCAAAAUUUCAUAAGCGAUAUGAACCACAUUGUGUAGUAAAAACCAUGUUAGUUGGGUGACCCUUUAUAACUACAUUUAACUAUGGUGAUGUCUACCCGUCGACGCUGUCGCUUUCUUGACCUGACACAUCUUUGUUCAUGUCUUUAUCUAACCAUGUUAGCUACAUGUUCACUGCUGUCGUGUGUGGUGUAUAUAUUCUAUGGAAUAUCUUCAUCAGCAUCAGUGUUGGCAACAUCCACAGCAACAGCAUCACUCGAAUCAGCAUCGUUCAAGGAUCAUGGUAGAUAUGUUCACUUGAUGUGCAGCAUGAGCAAUAUCACAAGGGUGCAGUAUGUAGCUGUUAUUGAUGCUGGGAGUACUGGAUCCCGUAUUCAUGUCUAUCAGUUUGAAAAGGAUGACGCAGAUGGUUCCUUCAGGUUUCAGUUGGAAAUAUAUUUUGAAGUGUCACCUGGUUUAUCAGCGUAUGCUUUUACUCCAACCAAGGGAGCCAACAGUAUUCGCCCCUUGCUAGAGGUUGCAAAACUUGCAGUUCCAAGAGUUAUGUGGAGACAGACUCCACUGGUCAUCAAGGCAACUGCUGGUCUGCGACUGCUCACAUCUCAAGUUGCUCACAGUCUUCUGAAUGAGGUUUACAAGAUUUUGUUGGAAACAGAUUUUUUAUUGCCACCAGAUGCAGUAGAAGUAAUAGAUGGUAUUGCUGAGGGAUUUUUUGGCUGGAUGACAGUGAACUAUUUAAUUGGUGCUUUUAACAAGCAAGGAAAGCUUGCAGUUUCCAUGGAUCUUGGUGGUGGUUCUACACAGUUGUCUUUGGUUCCCACACAUAAGGGAACUAUCUCAUCUUUACCACCAGAGGAUUUGCAAAAUAUUUAUUUAUUUAAUUCUCACUACAAAGUGUAUACCCACAGCUACCUUGGUCUGGGUUUGAUAUCGGCAAGGUUCCAAAUGAUGGAUGCUACUGAAGGUGGUGAAGAUAGUCCAUAUGUCAAAGAUAGGAUUUUAAAAAGCAGUUGUCUUCCAUCACAAUAUGAAGGUGUUUUGAAACAUGGGCCAAACAUUUACAGUAUACGAGGUAUGGAUCCAGUAGAUACAGGGUUUACGGGUUGUUACAAAUCGGCUUUGCAAGUUCUCAGUGGAGCCAACAUCAGGGUUGUACCCGAGAUGAAGCAGAUGACAAUCUAUGCAUUUGCCUACUACUUUGAUAUAGCAGUAGAUGCUAAACUUAUUGAUAAACAUGGUGGAGUGCUCAAAAUAACUGAUUACAAGAAUGCAGCUUUGAAAGAAUGCAGCAGUCAUGGAGAGCACAGGUUCCUGUGUAUGGAUCUGACGUACAUCUACACUCUGCUGAGAGCUGGCUUUCAGCUGGAUGAUUCCACUGUCCUUCAUGUAAAGCAUAUAGAAAAUGGUGGAGAGUUGAGCUGGUCUCUUGGGAUGGCAUAUCAUAUACUUUCUUCUGUGAUAGAUGUGUAGCUGGCUGUCCAGCAUUCAUUUGUGUUUAUUACUCAUGUAUCAAUCAGCGAGAAAAACACUCAUCCACUGAACGAAGGCAACCAGAUAUCAUUUCUUUGCUCAGUAGCUAAUUUCUGCUUGCUUCAUUUUUCUAACAAAAGAACAAAAAAUAGAUCUGUUUAUUGGAACAUAGUUCUGCCGUUUAGACAGUUCCUUUUGAUCCUUCAUUUGGAUGUAUUAAAUGUUGUUCUUUAGAAUUAAUUAAUGGGUAACUCUUAGGCUUUAUAAAUUUCAUUAUUACAUCAUAUCAUUGGACGAACAUAACUUACUACCUAUAGUAUAAAUAAAGUAUUUUGUGUCAUUGUCAAGUCAUCACAACAUAAUCUAAACAAAAAUGUCUUUGGGUGGACUUUCUAGGUCUGUUUGGCAAUGCUGCUCAUUACUACAUAAUUAUAUGCUCAGUUGGUGCAUUUUAUAGCAAUAAAAAUUCCAAGAUGGAAGCAAUAAACUAGAACAAGAUGGUACAUCACUAAUAUUUAUUACCUGUUUGACAUUUUGUUAAUUAUAGAAACUAUAUUUUUAUUGCAUAUAUAUACACACAAGUAUAUUGUUAUACACCUAGACAAUAUGAUUGAUAGCAUUUAUUUUUAUAUAUUUUUCAUUUGAUUUGACUGGAAGUACUUAUGAGAUUGAUAACAAUCAUUUUAUGCCUUCCAUUUAAUAACGGUUUUGUUUAUGCAACAAAAACCACAUGAUCUUAGUGAUAAUAUUUAUGCACUUGGAUGUUUUUUGUGCUAAUUUUCUGAAAUAAUAUGUAUUUAACAUGUUUUCUGAAAUAAUAUGUAUUUAACAUG